UUUUUUUAUUAAAUUACAGACGAUCUCUCAAAAUUAUGGAAGAAGCGGAAGGGGGGAGCAAGGAGAAGUCAUUCCCGAUGGGAAAAGUGGAUGCCGCGCGAAUUUUAGGUUUUCCGGCCGAUUCGACAAAUUUGGAAGAUUUGCCGCGAGAGGAGUGGAGACGAAGAGCACGCGGCACGUGCCUCGCCGUACUCGAUCUCGUUAAUCACGCGCUUAUCGUUGGCCUAACGGCCUACACCCUGUAUCUUUCGUGGGGCUCCACCGUGGUCAAUUUACACACCAUCUUUUGCACGAUUGGGUACGUCCUGCUGAUGUCCGAGGCCAUUGUCGUGUUUGCCGGUGACAAUGUUUUCACCAAGUUUCUUUCAAGGGGUGCCAAACGCCAUCUUCACUGGAUCCUACAAAUUCUCGGCGUGAUCCUCAUCGUUUCCGGCGUUGUGGUGAUGUAUCGAGUGAAACGGGUGCAUUUCAAGUCGAUUCACGGGAUUCUGGGCAUCACUUCCACCGUGCUGGCCGUCUUCUUGUCCGUGGCCGGUUAUCCAGUUUUUAUAGCGGCCAAACUUCGAAACGUGAUAAAACCGGUCGCGAUCAAGUUCGGCCACAACUUCUUGGGUAUAUCGUGCUUCGCGAUCGGGAUGGCAGCUCAGUGUUACGGCUACACUUACAUCUUCAAAUCGGACCUUAAAUUCCUCUUUAUAAUUAUCGUGGUCGCGAUCAUAGCUCUCUCUAUAAGGAGAGCAACUUCGUCUCUUUUCCGACAAUUCGUAGGGUUGUUCAGAUAAAUUAUUUCUCUCUCUCUCUCUCUCUC